AUGGGCAGCUGUGACCUAUUUGCUGCCUGCAAACAGAGCAGUGUUCCAUGGCUACCCCCAGACAAUAGCCAGGAGGCAGGCUGGGAACGCGUAGGCUGUCGUUGCCCUGAUUACGUGACUCUCCAUGGUGGUCUCAGGAUGACUCUGCCGGUGGUAACACCAAACACUACUGACACAAAUGACUGUUGUCGUAUGGUCAUGAUGCCCCCUACUCUGUCCCUUGUUAAACUCUGCCCCCCUCCCUAUCCCACUCUCCGGACCUUAGUUCCCAUCGCAUCGUGCAUGAUCAGCUUUUAUUCGUCUGGAUGCUUUCAGUUAAUGGCGCAAGAACGUCUGCUGGAAGAGCAGAGGCUUGCCUUGCACACCCGCUCCACGGCCGCUAUGUCCUCAUCACGUUCCCGCCGCCAAGCGGCAGAUGAAGGGUCAAGCCGAAAUGUCUUCCAAAGGAGGGAAGUCGUGGAAAAUAACUACCUGGUUUCUAAAGAACAAAUAUUUGAAGGUCCUCAUCAUCUCUUGGAUUACUCCAGCUGUGCCCUGCCUGGCAUCCCGCCCAAGCUGCUUGGCACCACCUAUCCAUACAAAGUCAUCGCCCUAAAGAGCAUUACCUCCACUGAUGAAACAGAUAUAGCAACUGCACUGUGUCUCCAGACAAUUGACUUGGACAUAGUGGACAGCAUUCAGAGUCGCAUAAGAAGGCACUAUCAACAGUACUCUUGGAAAACUAGAAAUUUAAAGGCAGAAUGGUCCAUAAUCCCUUACAAGAAGUCCCUCAGCAUAACUAUGUCUCAGAAUCUUCAGGUUUUAGGAUCUUCCUCAGUGAACGGUAUAACAGAUCUUCACACUGAGGAGGCCUCAGGGCCCCUGGCCAUGUCUGAGGUUCUCACUUGGUUGCCUCUUAAGAUCCUGAUGACUACGUGUCAGGCUUUACCAGCUGUUUCUGUGGAUCUGUGUUGUGGUUCAAUCGUCACACUUUGUAACUAUGAUGUUGAGCAUCUUUUCAUGAACCUCUUAGCCACUGGAAUACUGUUUUUGGCUUAUGCAGGCAGAGAUCUGGAGGAGCAGUUGCGUUCAGUGUCCAGUGUAGACGAGCUCAUGACCGUACUCUACCCAGAAUAUUGGAAAAUGUACAAGUGUCAGUUAAGAAAAGGAGGCUGGCAUCAUGCUAGAGAGCAACCCAACGUCAAUACGAGGACAGAAGAGACUAUAAAAUUCGCUGCAGCCCAUUAUAAUGCAGAGAUCUUGAAAAGUAUUGAUAAUGAGUGGAGAAAGACUCAAUGCAUGCCACGUGAGGUGUGUAUAGAUGUGGGGAAGGAGUUUGGAGCAGCCACAAACACCUUCUUUAAACCUCCAUGUGUGUCCGUCUACAGAUGUGGAGGCUGCUGCAACAGCGAGGGGCUACAGUGCAUGAACACCAGCACAAGCUACCUCAGCAAGACGUUGUUUGAAAUUACAGUGCCUCUCUCUCAAGGCCCCAAACCAGUAACCAUCAGUUUUGCCAACCACACCUCCUGCCGGUGCAUGUCUAAGCUGGAUGUUUACAGACAAGUCCAUUCAAUUAUUAGACGUUCCCUGCCAGCAACACUACCGCAGUGUCAGGCUGCAAACAAGACUUGCCCCACAAAUUAUAUGUGGAAUAAUCAUAUCUGCAGAUGCCUGGCUCAACAGGAUUUUAUUUUUUCCUCUAACACUGGAGAUGAUUCUCCAGGUGAAUACCAUGACAUCUGUGGGCCCCACAAAGAACUGGAUGAAGAAACCUGUCAAUGUGUCUGCAAAGGGGGGCUCCGGCCCUCCAGCUGUGGGCCCCACAAAGAACUGGACAGAAACUCAUGCCAGUGUGUCUGUAAAAACAAACUUUUCCCCAACUCUUGUGGGGCCAACAGAGAGUUUGAUGAAAACACGUGCCAGUGUGUAUGUAAACGGACCUGUCCAAGAAAUCAACCCCUAAACCCUGCAAAAUGUGCCUGUGAAUGUACAGAAAAUCCACAAAAAUGCUUCUUAAAAGGAAAGAAGUUCCACCAUCAAACAUGCAGUUGUUACAGACGACCGUGUCCUACUCGGCUCAAGCAUUGUGAGCAGGGACUUUCAUUCAGUGAAGAGGUGUGUCGCUGUGUCCCUUCCUAUUGGAAAAGGCCACACGUGAACUAAGAUUGGAUUGUUCUCCAGUUCAUCCUUCCAGCUUUCCGUGUCAUGGAAAUCUGUGUCACCACCUCAGAAUUGUCUGUGAACUGAGAGACUUCUGUGGGGCUCUGAGAACAAGCAUGCAAGUCGGUGUUUCCAGAAGCUUGUGGACAACUUUACAGAAGUGGACUGGAGUUCAUCUGCAAAGACCUCUUGCAAAGACUGGUUUUCUACCAAUGGCCAAACAGCCAAGGUUUUUCUCUUGUGAUUUAAAAAUAAUGACUAUAUAAUUUAUUUCCACUAAAAAAUAUUGUUUCUGCAUUCAUUUUUAUAGCAAUAACAAUUGGUAAAGCUCACUGUGAUUCAAUAUUUUUAUAUCAUGCAAAAUAUGUUUAAAAUAAAAUGAAAAUUGUAUUAUACGUUG